AUGAAGCUUUACGUUUCUUCCCAUAUUAAUUCUCCAAUAAAAUCUCAAAACCUCCUCAUCACAAGCAUAAUCAGUUGCAACGGUGACUGCAAGAACAGAAGAAGAGCUAGUGGCAGAGCUCUCCGCCUUCCACUGUGUCGUGUGGGCGUGGCACCUCCUCCAACACCUGUCCCAUCCGCCGAGGAAGAGUCGAGCUUAGGAGAAGUGGAGGAGGAAAAGGAGGAGGAGGAGUCCUCAUCCUCCAAGUUCUCUUGGAGAGACCACUGGUACCCUGUGUCACUGAUUGAAGACCUAGAUCCUCGCCUCCCAACCCCUUUUCAACUCCUCGGCCGCGACAUCGUUCUAUGGAAAGAUAGACUCACCGGCGAUUGGGUCGCCUUCGACGACAAAUGCCCUCACCGACUCGCUCCCCUCUCUGAAGGACGGAUCGACGAGGAUGGUAACUUGCAGUGUUCUUACCAUGGAUGGUCUUUUGACCGUUGUGGAUCUUGCGUUCGUAUCCCUCAGGCAUCGACCCAAGGCCCUGAGGCUCGAGCCGUUCGGUCUCCGAGGUCGUGCGCUACAAGGCUUCCGACCCUCGUCUCUCAGGGGCUGCUCUUCGUUUGGCCCGACGAGAAUGGCUGGGACAAAGCUUCUGCCACCAAGCCUCCCAUGUUGCCAGAUGACUUCACCGAUCCUGCGUUUUCGACAGUGACAAUCCAAAGAGAUCUGUUUUAUGGCUAUGACACUCUCAUGGAGAAUGUUUCAGAUCCAUCCCAUAUUGAUUUUGCACAUCACAAGGUCACAGGGAGAAGGGACAGAGCAAAGACUUUGCCAUUUAAGUUGGAGUCCAGUGGUGUUUGGGGCUUUGCUGGUGCAAAUGAGGGGAACCCACGAAUUAGUGCUAAAUUUGUUGCACCUUGUUAUUAUAUAAAUAAGAUAGAAAUAGACACAAAGCUCCCUAUAUUUGGCGAUAAAAAAUGGAUAAUAUGGAUUUGUUCCUUCAAUAUACCAAUGGCACCAGGGAAGACUCGUUCAAUUGUUUGUAGUGCUAGAAACUUUUUCCAGCUCACAAUGCCUGGCCCUGCCUGGUGGCAGGUAGUCCCUAGAUGGUAUGAGCACUGCACUUCAAACAAGGUCUAUGAUGGUGACAUGAUUGUACUCAAGGGUCAGGAGAAGAUCUUCCUCUCAAAAUCCAUGGAGGAUUCGGCUGAUAUUAACAAGCAGUACUCAAAAAUCACAUUCACGCCCACCCAAGCAGAUCGUUUUGUCUUGGCAUUUCGGAAUUGGUUGCGGCGACAUGGAAACAGUCAACCUGAAUGGAUUGGCAUCAUUAAUCAACAACCUUUGCCAUCUACAAUCUUAUCUAAGCAUCAGAUGUUGGAUAGAUUUGAGCAGCACACUCUUAAGUGCUCGUCGUGUAAAGGAGCUUAUGAUGCAUUCCAAUUGUUACAGAAAGUGCUGGUGAGUGUGACUGUAUUGUGCUGCGCAACAGCAGGGAUUCCUUCAGAGAUGAAGCUACGUAUUAUUAUCGGUGUGCUUGCACUCGUGAGUGCUGGUUUGGCUUAUGCCUUGCAUGAACUCCAAAAGAAUUUUGUAUUCAUAGAUUAUGUACACUCUGAGAUUGAAUAACUGAAGAAAAAGGAGUAAUGAAACUGAGGAAAAGAAUGUAAAGAAUGUAAUAAAGGGCACGAAACUAGUUCACGAUGUGUCUUGCAUUGCAGUAGAAUUAGUUAGAAUUACAAGUUGUAUAUAUGUUGUUGCAGUCAUAGUAU